AUGCCGCGGCUCCGUAGGGGACGUAGGCGAGAGCGAGCGAGGCGAGCGGGGCGCCCAGGCGCCUGCAGACUGCGGGGAGGCGCGCGCCGCUCCGAGGCUCCGGCCUCCGCUCCCCUGCGCCCCGACGCUGCGGGCGACAGGGCUCGGCUCCAGCAGCAGCCGCCGCCGUCGUCGCCGCCGCCGCCGCCACCCGGACAACCCGGCAAAAGUUUGGAUCUGGGGGAGGGAGCGGCGCUGAGCGGGAUUACCACCACCAGGGCUGGAAAGAGACCUCGGGAACCUUCACAGGAUUGUAUUUAUGGUACCAAAAAUACAAAGGCAGUUUCAACUGAUUGUUUGGAUUCCUCCCAAAGUAUUUGUGGCCGAAAUUCCUUUUGGACUCUGAGCUGCCUUUUUUACAUAAGCUUUGGAUUGGAAUCAAUAGAUGCCAGGCGCAUUCAGCCUAAUAGCAGGUUGUGGACUGAGUUUAAUCGAGAAGUGUACGGGCUGAUCAAUGCUGGCCUGACCUACAGCAGAAGAAGGGAGCUCCACCUGCCCAGGUGCACUUGUGUUGAUACCACUGAUAACUUGGUGUCAUCCACUGCCUGUGUGGAAAAUUCUCCCUAUUGAAUUGUUU